AUGGAGCAAGUUGUUCUUUUUGAUUCGCCGUCCAUUAAGAUACUGAAUCCAGAGACACCCUUCCUAGAGCCUCUUUCAUUAGAAAUUAAGCUUCAUCUUCUCGAGAAACUUUCAAGUCCUUUAGUUUGGUCCGUAGAAUAUGUUGACGGAGUUUCGCCGGAACAGUCGCUUAUUCAGGUCCCAAUAGGCCCACCUACUGCACAGAAAUUGAAGUUUGUCCUCACUGUGCCACCUCCUACCCCCUCUGCCAUCUCCGUCUCCGGCCUCCUCACCUCUGCAGUGUAUCGUAUUACCAUACAAUAUAAAGAGGCCUAUGUCUGGAGUACUGCCUUAUAUUUGUCGUGUACCGAUACUUCUGGAAAACACAGACCACCAGUUGACGAGGAACUUUCAGGAGACUCUAUCCAUACAACCGAACCGGAUACGGAUCAUUCACAAGAUGAUGAGGUUGCGAGCCAUCUGCUUGAAGAUGAGUCUGAGGACAGCGAAGAUCAGACUAAUGGUAGCUCUGAAACUGUUGACGACAGUUCCUCGCAAGGCUCUCGUCCUGAUGCAGAGCCCGAAAUGAAGAAGGUUCCUCCACAACCAUUGCAAAUGGGAUCUGAAGAUAUGUUUUCCACAUUUGUCAAGACAGUUACCCUUCUAUCGCGUGAAACGAAACAAGGCAUUUACACUUUAGAGCCUAACGAGACCUUCUCUUAG